CUCUCUCUCUCUCUUGUUUUUUAGUUCAUUUUACCCUGUCCAACCUAAACUUGUUGUCAAUGGGUUCUGAACCACAUCAACUUCAUACUUUCUUCUUCCCCCUCAUGGCUCAAGGCCAUUUGCUCCCAGCCAUAGACAUGGCCAGGCUAUUCGCAAGCCGUGGAGUUAAGGUAACCAUAAUCACCACUCCCCUCAACGCACCCCUCUUCUCCAAGACCAUCGACCGUGAUAACCAGUUGGGUCUUGACAUAUCUGUUCAGCUCAUCCCAUUCCCUUCAGAAGAGGCUGGCUUACCCCAAGGCUGCGAGAAUAUAAGCUCCAUUACCAAUUUCUCUGAAAUGGCCCCCAGAUUCUUCAAUGCUCUUGAUUUGUUCCAAAACCCCUUACAGGAGCUUCUUCAAAACCAUAGCCCUGAUUGCCUUGUUGCCGAUAUGUUCUUCCCCUGGGCUACAGACAUCGCUGCCAAGUUUGGAAUACCAAGGCUCAUCUUUCAUGGCACCAGUUUCUUCUCUCUCUGCGUCUUGGACAGCUUGAAACGAUAUACACCUCAUGAGAACAUUAAAUCCGAGACCGAAAACUUCAUUGUGCCAGGUCUUCCUGAUCAGAUAGAGCUGAUGAGGUCUCAGUUGCCCAACCAUUUGAAAACACCAAGCGAUCUGGGCAAGUUGCUUGAACGCGUCAGAGAAUCAGAGGGAAAUUGCUAUGGAGUAUUGGUGAACAGCUUCUAUGAGUUGGAGCCUGCUUAUGCGGAUCACUACAGGAAAGUCAUAGGAAGGAAGGCUUGGAACAUAGGCCCUGUUUCACUCAGCAACAGGGACAUUGCAUAUAAAGCCCAGAGGGGUAACAUAGCUUCCAUUGAUGAGCACGCGUGCCUGAGUUGGCUCGAUUCAAAGAAACCCAAUUCGGUGCUGUAUGUGAGCUUCGGGAGCGUGGCCCGUUUCACUGAUUCUCAGAUGCUUGAGAUUGCUAUGGGGCUCGAGGAUUCAGGGUACCCAUUCAUUUGGGUUGUGAGAUCGAAGGAAGAGGAUGAGCAGAGAUGGAUGCCAGAAGGGUUUGAAGAGAGGAUUAAAGGGAAGGGUCUGAUAAUAAGGGAUUGGGCACCUCAAGUUUUGAUCUUGGACCAUCCUGCCGUGGGAGGGUUCGUGACCCAUUGUGGAUGGAAUUCGACGCUUGAAAGCGUGAGUGCAGGGGUGCCCAUGAUCACUUGGCCGUUGUUUGCAGAGCAGUUCUACAAUGAGAAGCUGGUGACACAAGUGUUAAGGAUAGGAGUGUGUGUAGGGGCUCAUGAAUGGAGUAAAUUUGGAGGAGGAGGAGGAGGAGAAAAGGCAGCUGCAGUGAAGAGAGAGGACAUAGAGAAGGCUGUGGAGCAGUUAAUGGGUGGUGGAGAAGAAGCAGAGCGAAUGAGGAACAGAGCUAUGGAGCUCAAAGAGAUGGCGAGAAGUGCUGUUGAAGGUGGAGGGUCUUCUUACACCGACUUGACAGCUUUGAUUGAGGAGCUGGGGUUGCAUCCACAGCCGGCAGUCUAGAAUCUAUAUUAAAUUCCAAAUUUAUUCUGCUCUGUGUUUGCAUGGAUUCAGAUAAUU